UCCUAGGUUUUGUACACCUGGCAGGGCUAUUUGUCCACGAUAUAAAAACCCACGAUAUAAAAACACCUGGCAGGGCUAUUUGCCCACCUAUUUACUUCGACCCUGACCUAAGGAACCCGACAUGGGAAGCCAGCUCAGCUUCAGCCCCCGCCGCCCAUUUUCACGUCGAGUUCCCCGAUCCGUAGCCGGUCGGGACGGGUGCACGGCGUCUACGGCCUUUUUUCACCAUACCGCCCUGAUUUACAACCUGUACAUUUUUCACCACCCCGGGGCAACAUCUCCGGUUACUCCGACGGUGUUGCAGACCCGACAGCUACCGAUAGCCCCGACGUGUCGGCUACACGUGGCCACCGAUGAAAGCUUCCCGCUCGUCCUCAACAUUCAGCUGCGGCGCCAUGCCCCCGCUUCUCUACGCCCCCCUCGCCGCCCCACCUCGAGUCUGCUGUUGCCGAAUUCUGGAAAAGACUACUUCGUGGCGUUGGUUUCACGGCUUCACGCGCCCCGGAGCCGGUUUGAGCGGUUUCACGGCUUCAGCGCGCGUUUUCCGGCCUAUUGCCCAGAUUCCCGACCGUGCCAAAUUCCGCCGUCUAUUACAUGCGGGCAAGGAAAAUUUUGAGGUUGAGGAAGCUGUAGGCAGCAGGGUUUUGUAUGAGGCGGCUGAAAAAGAGAACUGAACAACAAAGGACAGAGCUGUUGAUGUUGAUUGUUGCUGCCGAAAAACAGCGCGUGAAAAAAAGCGAGUAAGUACGUAGUACGGUGUGGUGAAAAAAGGAGGAAACAGAAGUAGAAGUAAAAAUAAAAAGCUGUAUGAAAUUUAUUUUAGUACUUACGCUUGGCCGGCGUCCAGACCAAGUUUUAGAAGACAAGAAAACUUUACUAGCGCCUCCGAUUGUACGUCGGUGCUACCCCUAGACGUAACACGCCGCGCCACGCUAUAUAAACGGGGGCGAUAGUUUAAGUACACUAUGCCAAAAAGGCCUAGCUUAGUCCUCCCCCCGGUGAUCUUGCUCGGCACUGGAGCCCCAGGUU